AUGAAAAUUUUUUUGCGGUAUGCAGCCGAUCCAGGUUUUCAGACUGGAGUCGCCGAAGAUAUAGGAGUUAGCCAGCCUGCAGUUUCCUAUACUAUAAAGUGUGUUACCCAAAAGAUUAUGAACAAAGCGCACAUUUGGAUUCGGUUUCCCCAGGUAAAAUUAUCUGAAUUGCAGGACAAUGAAGCCAUACAAGAAGAAAAACAGCGAUGGUUAAGAAGAUAUAAUUUUCCCACAGCAAUUGGAGCUAUUGACUGUACAUUAAUCAGAAUUAAAAAAAUUCAUGUAAAUAGACAUGGCAAUGAAUACAUCUGCAGAAAACAGUUCCCUGCUCUUAAUGUGCAAGCAACAUGUAACGCGGAGGAAUAUUUUACAAGUGUCAGUGCUGAGUGGCCAGGAUCGGUACAUGACAGUCGCAUCUGGAGGAACAGUUCUGUGUGCCGGGUCUUCAGAACUUUUAAUAAUGCUGUACUAUUGGGAGACCAAGGAUACGGUAUAGAAAAAUGUCUGAUGAUUCCUUACAGAAAUCCAGCCACACCAAGGGAAGAGGCCUUUAAUAAUCUGUUAAAACGUGAGCGGGUUAUAAUAGAAAGAUGUUUUGGGCAAUUAAAGCAAAGAUUUCCUACACUCCAGAAUAUCAUACGAUUGCGUCUACUUGCCAUUCCAUCAUUUAUUGCAGCCUGUUUCGUUCUCCACAACGUAGCUAAAUAUCUUAAAGAUGAAGCUGUACUGGAAGAAGAAAAUAAUGAUAAUGAUAAUGACGAUGAUAACCUAGAUGAAGAAGAUAAUAAUGAUCCAGCACAAGAAGUUCAACGACGUGAAGGUCAAAGAAAAAGAAAUGAAUUAACUGAAAUAAUGUUUCAAAAUAUUGAAUUAACAAAUGCAAAUGAAACUAAAGAUAAUAAAAAUUAA